AAAGCUUUCACGGGUCGCUAGGCAGAUGAGCAUCUCAGCAGCCAAUGAGGUGGCCGGACCAGGGAGCGGAGACUGACCGAGCGUCAGCGUCAGAGUCCCGUGGAAACAUCAGUCCCCGUUAGAAAUCCUGCAGCAUUAACAAGAUGCCGAACAAAAGCAAGAAAGAGAAGGAAACAAGCAAAUGUGCCAAAAGCAACCCAAAAAAUGCAGACGCCAACGUCAACACCAACAAAGAUGUUACCGUGGACAACGCUGAAGAGCAGAGCGUCGGGAAGCGUCCCAGUGGCAGCGUGCCACCCCCUACUCAGCUGCACAAGAUCAAAUAUUGUGGAGGUCCUCAAGUGGUGAAGAAGGAACGGCGUCACAGCUCAUCUCGCUUUAGUGUGAGCAGGAACAGAGAACUCCAGAAACUACCAGCUCUCAAAGAUGCUCCAGCGAUGGAUCGUGAGGAACUCUUUGUGCAGAAGUUGCAACAGUGCUGCGUGCUGUUUGACUUUGUGAGCGACCCGCUUAGCGACCUAAAGUUUAAAGAAGUCAAGCGAGCAGGGCUCCUGGAGAUGGUCGACUACAUCACGCACAACACAGACGUGCUCAGCGAAUCCGUCUAUCCGGAGGCCGUCAUCAUGUUUUCAGUCAACUUGUUCCGGACUCUUCCUCCUUCCUCCAAUCCGACCGGAGCGGAGUUUGACCCUGAGGAGGACGAGCCAACACUGGAGGCCGCCUGGCCACAUCUGCAGCUGGUUUACGAAUUCUUCCUUCGCUUCCUGGAGUCUCCAGAUUUCCAACCCAACAUUGCCAAGAAAUACAUGGACCAAAACUUUGUUCUGUCGCUGCUGGAGCUGUUCGACAGCGAGGAUCCUCGUGAACGAGACUUCUUGAAGACCAUUCUGCACCGGAUCUACGGCAAGUUCCUGGGUCUUCGCGCCUACAUCCGUCGCCAGAUCAACAACAUCUUCUACAGGUUCAUCUACGAGACGGAGCAUCACAACGGCAUCGCUGAGUUGCUGGAGAUCCUGGGCAGCAUCAUCAACGGAUUUGCUCUCCCGCUCAAAGAAGAGCACAAGAUGUUUCUGAUCCGAGUACUUGUGCCGCUUCAUAAGGUCAAGUCCCUCAGUGUCUACCACCCACAGCUGGCGUACUGCGUGGUACAGUUCCUGGAGAAGGACAGCAGCCUGACAGAACCGGUGAUCAUGGGGCUGCUGAAGUUCUGGCCCAAGACUCACAGUCCCAAGGAGGUGAUGUUCCUCAACGAGCUGGAGGAGAUCCUUGAUGUCAUUGAGCCGGCGGAGUUCAUCAAAGUCCAGGAGCCGCUCUUCAGACAACUGGCCAAGUGUGUGUCCAGCCCCCACUUUCAGGUGGCGGAACGUGCGCUCUACUACUGGAACAACGAGUACAUCAUGAGCUUGAUCAGUGACAACACCGCCAACAUUCUUCCAAUCAUGUUUCCCGCCCUCUACAAGAACUCCAAGAGCCACUGGAACAAAACCAUCCACGGCCUCAUCUACAACGCUCUCAAACUUUUCAUGGAGAUGAACCAAAAGCUGUUUGACGACUGCACUCAGCAGUACAAGACCGACAAACACAAGGAAAAACACAAGAUGAGGGAGAGAGAAGAAGUCUGGCUGAAACUGGAAGGCCUGGCAAGACACAAUCCUCAGAGCAAUAAACUCCUCCCUCUCCGCCCUGGACUCCACCCACAGGAAGCGCUGGCGUCCUGCUCAGCAAGCGUGGACGCAGAUGUCCUGACACUGGAGGACAUUCAGCUGCUGAAGAAGACGGUGGCAAGCCAAGCAGCGCUGGCCGUGAAGGACGCCAAGAAGGACAAGGUGGUGAUGAGGAGGAAGUCGGAACUCCCGCAGGACGUUUACACAAUCAAAGCUCUGGAGGCGCACAAGAGGGCUGAGGAGUACCUAACAGCCAAUCAGGAGGCUCUCUGACUGAGGGAGGCGGUCCACGAUGCCGCCCCCGCCCCCCUCCUGGCUUUGAGGCCGUCAUGGAGGAAGUUGACCAGAGCGCCAUCAGGGCGGAGCUAGUUGCAAGCAGCUGCUAAGCUCCGCCUCCUGGUGGCAGAGCCACUCGGCCUGCAACUGCUUGGCAAGCGCAUGGUAGGCCACGCCCACUUGAAGCCGUCUCUACCUGGAGUCGACUUCAGGUGCUCGUGAGGCGUCAAGUAUGGUCACAUGAUACCAACGAGUCAAAUUAGCUGCGUUGGUCUUUGGAUUCUUGCAUCACGUGUUUUGAGAUCUGGAUCACUUGUGAUUACUUCACCGUCACUCCACCAGGGGGCGGAGCCAGCAAACCAGCCGUCAAUGCUGCUGCCCCUUGUGGUUGUGGUGUGUAACUACUACUGGCUGCGAUUCAUCCAAUAGAUGUCACAUGACCUCCUUUCAACAUUGUGAUUGGUCUGUACAUCAGUUCCAUGAAACACAAAACAGCAGAGAUCCUGGUUGUGGUUUGUAGACUUGUCGAUGUCCACAUGGAACACAGCAGCUCUAAUAAACACAUCCUCAAUAUUG